CCGCCACCACCGCCGUCUCCACGGCCGGCCAGCCCUGACGCGACGCCCGCCUGGGACGUCAGCCGCCCGCGACGCGCCGGAAGCGGGCUGGGUUGCAUCACGUGAGAAGACAAGAUGGUUCCAAGGCCUCCGUACCAAGACAAUUCACAUCAGGGAAGAGGUUACUAUGAGAUCCUGGACUUGAAUUCUUCUCCCUUGACUGAUAUGAGUUUUGAGUAUUGUCUAGGGAGAAGCAAAUACACAAUAUUUGAAAGCCAAAGUUUAACCUUGGGACUAUAGACUACUAUAUUUAAAUUUGAGAAAAUUGCAACUCCAAGAUGCUAAGCCACAUGUCUGAGGUCCCACAGCUAGCAUGAAAGACCGUAUUAAUCAUUGCCUGUGAGCCUGUGAAACCCAUGCUCCUUCUACUUCCUGGUGUUACCUCAAUGUUUCUGGAGUAAAUGCUUCUUCUGCUGCUUAGAGAGCAUAGAUGUGUACAGAAGCACAGCGGGAUUUGAACGGUUGAAGUGACACAGAGGCUCUGAGAAGCAUCCCUCAUUGAUCACAGUAUAUCGAGUUGACCUGACUCUGGGUUGCCUGUUCCCUUCUGAUGGUCAAGGAGAUCUGCUGUAUUCACUAUGUGAACACCACUGAUGUGAUCGUGACAGGAAGUAUGACCUCAUUCUGCUGCCCUGCCUCUAGUUCGAAAAGGCUGAUAUUGAAAGUAAACAAGGGCCGGGAGACUUAACUCCCAAGAAUGACAAGCUAUGCUAUUCUAGGAAACAGCUGAAAGAUCCAGAGGCUCCUAAAGACCAAACUGCCCUGUGAAUGUGGCAGGGACAUGGUCCGCUUUCACCAGAAGGAAAGACGGAUUCCCUUCGGGAAGUAACUUCUGCACCUGUUGACAUUCUGAUGGGAUUUUUCAGCUGAAGAACAGCUCGGUCCAGCUUUCUGCACUACCAACCACAGGAAAGCGUCAUGUUUCAAUAAUCCUCCUGUCAUUUAUCAGUUGGAAGAAGAGCCUGGGGACUCCCUGUGGAGGAAUAUAAAAAAAAAAUCUGUGAAGUUUGAACAAGCGGCCUUCUCAAGAUGUACCGAGUCUCUCCACUGAUGUCGACACCAGUAGCAAAUUCCUCCAGGUCAGACAGAGGACCUUCUGGAAAGCUGUCCCCCACAAAUCUUUUCCCAAGCUUUACUUGUGACUUCCUGGAUGGAGACAGUUCUUUUGAAUGCUGCUCUAUAGACCCCCUGACAGGCUCCCACUAUAUCUGCCGCAGAAGCCCCCGACUCCUCACGAAUGGCUACUAUAUUUGGACUGAGGACAGUUUCAUCUGUGACCCAGAUGGCCACAUCACACUGAACCCCUCCCAUACCAGUGUGAUGUACAAGGAGAACUUAGUGAGAAUAUUUAGAAAGAAGAAGAGAACCCACCGUUCUCUUUCUUCUCUCUUGGACCCCCGAGGCUCUAAGUCUUGGCUGCAUGGAAGUAUCUUUGAAGAUGUCGACUCACUCCCAAGUGAGGAUCUCUGGCUGGAUGGAAUCAGGAACCUUGGAAGUGAAGUAGACUGUUCUCUCAGUGAUAGCUGGGAGUCUCAGAAGCCAAUCACAGACACAUCAGAAUUCUCCUCUUCUGGCUACAUCCUGCCUCGGCCUCUCAGAGAAAGUUCCCCAAGUUCCUCUCUUCAACUUCACAUGAAAGCAUCAGGGCACUUCAGAAAGAACAUGUUGGUGCAUUCAAGAGCUGGUUUGAUGCAUAAGGUCUCCUUUCAGGCAAUCCUCCUAGCAGUGUGCUUAAUCAUUUCUACAUGUGCAAGAUGGUUUGUGGGAGGAGAAUUAACCAGCAUCUUUACAUGUGCAUUGCUGAUCACAAUAGCUUGUGUUGUGAAAUUGCUUUUCCUCAACCUUGUCAGCUAUUUCAAAGCUACCUCCUGUGCUGGAUUUGACAGCACUUGAGGAAUACAUGUGAUGAAUGUCUUUGAUGUGAAUACCUGAGAACAGUAAUUUGGAGUCUUCUUGGGAUCAACCACUUUAUUGGAAAGGAAUGAGCAAAUGGAUAACAGAAAAAUUAAUUUGAUAAUGUUAUUUUUCUAAAAAUCUGAAUUUCCACAUGUAGUAGUAAUUGGUUCAUGAUAAUAAUAUUAAUUUUCCUUUCUUGCAAAAACACUGUCAGUUGAAAGAGAAGGGACAGGAGAAAGUAACAGAGGACAGACCACCUGGAGUAAUGUUUCCUUGUUGUUCCUAAUACAGUGAACCUCAAACAUUUAUUUUGAUUAGAGAAUUCUGUGAGAGGCCUGGAUCAUGAAUAUAGCAUGUCUGCCAUUAUGCAGCUAUGCCUUGCUAACCUACUUUAUAUUAUUCAUAAAACAAGCUUAUAUCAUUCACAAAAGCUGCAUAGGAAAUAGAUACUGUUUGUACAUACAAUACAAUAAAUGUAUGAGGUUGAAAACAUGCAUUGAUUUUAGAUGGUUAAAAUAGCUGCUAUGGUUUGUCUCUAGCUGUCCUUAUGUUGAAACUUUCAUUGUCAUUGUGACAAUGUUAAGAGGUGGCAGGACGCUUAAAAAAAGGGCCAGUGGGAUAUCCUUAUAUCUGAGGGAACUUCAGAAUGUGUAAAUAGUAAGUCCCUCAGUCUGUCUCUGGCAUUCUGUCCAGUUAUAUGAUCACUCCCACCGAUGUCCAUCAUGUGAUAUGAUGCUAUCCACCUUGAAACUAUCAGUAGAAUGAAGGGUAUGUUAGCACUAUGCAUCUGAACCUGCAGAACUGUGAGACAAGGGAAUCCCUUUUCAUCACUCAGUAUCCUGCCUUGGGUAUUUUAUUACAGUAAUGGGAAAUAGACUAAGAAAGAAGCAGAUCAUUGAGCAGGGGAGAGCCAUUCCUUGGAUUAUGAAUUCUUCUCUUAAACGAUUUUUCUUACUAGGUUUUAUUUUUUAAAUUUCUGGGGAAUAAUGGUCAUCUUUCAUUCACAUUGUGUUAAAAAUAUUAUAUAUAAACAUUCUUUAAGUACAAAAUAAAGGAAAAAUUAGCGUUUUAAAGCACAUGAAAAUAAUAAAGCUGCAUAAUGGGCUGAAAGGUUAGAGAAGAUAGUCAGCAUUCUUAGCUUUCACCAGGAACUUUCAGAUAUAGCCUGCUGAGGAGGCUCCGUGCUGAGAAACAUCUGUGUAUAGAAACUACAUACUUUAAAAUUAAUAUCAAAUUAAUCCCUUUUAUGUCUAUGGUUGUUAUUAUUCACUGUCAUCUUGACUUUAUUUAGCAUCACCCAUGAGACUCACCUUUAGUUAUGUCUUAUGUCUACAUAGUUUUUUGUACAGAGGUUGAGGAGGGAAGAUCUACCCUGAACUUGGGUACCAAUGUCCCAUGGGCAGAAUAAAAGAAAAUAAAAAUGUUCUGGGCAGAAUAAAAAAAGAGGGAAGGAGGAAGAGAGCUGAGCGCCAGCAUUCUUCUAUCUCUUUUUCUUGACUAUGGACACAAUGUGACAAUUUCCUCAAAUUCCUGCUCCUUGUCUUCCUAUCAUGAGCUGUAACCCCUUAAACUUUGAGUCAAAUAAACCUUUCUUUUCUUAA